AUGAGCGCCUCAGCCAUCCGCAGGAAAUCCUACAAGAAAGCCCAGGGGCAGGCAGGGCCCUUCUCCCCGGCGCACUGGGAUGAGGCUGGUGGUGGCCAGGUGCAUGCUGGGAAGCUGCAGGUGAUGGAGAAGUUCUUCACCCCGCUGCAGCACUCCAAGGAGGGGAAGGUCUCAGAGCGGGAGCUGAGCCGGUGCCACCAGCAGUGGAUGGAGGGGCGGAUUGACCGCUUCUCCUCCUCCUCCUCCUCGGCUGCAUCUUCCACCACCGCAGUCUCCUGGUCCUCUGAAGCCAGCCUGGAGAAGGAGGCCUUCUUGGUGGGCGGCCCCAUGUCCCAGCCCCAACAUUCCCAGUCAUGUGUGGACAUCUCCAGAGAAGCCAGGGCCUUGCGCUGGAGAGGGGAGGGGCCUGCCAGCCACAAGGCUGAGGAGCCCGUCUCCCUCCCCAGGCUGAAGAAGGGGCACAGCCAGAGCGUGGACCGGCUGUCCCGGCAGCAGGGUCCCCAGGAGGCCCAGUCUCCACCUCGUGCCCAGGCCGGUGGGGAGAGCCGGCUCUACAAAGCCAGCAGCUUGGAGAGGAGCUUGGUCUUCAAUGAGCAGACCGAGAUCUUGGCCCCAGGGCUGCACAAACGGGCAGGGGCCCUGGCACCCGGCAAAGGCAUCCUCAAGAACGGGGCUGUUGCCAAGGGCGACGGGCUGCGCAAGGCCAAGUCCAUCGAGACCUUCCCUGUGCGGGCAGGCGAGAGGGAGCCCCAGGGCCCGCCAACCCCCAGGGCCGAGGAGGAGCUGGAGCUGCUGCCGGAGCUAGGGGUCACCAAGAAGCACCACAGCACGGACCAGAUAAAACUAGUAGAGGAGAAGCUGAGGUUCUCUGAGUUCCUCAACGAGAUCACCAGGCAGGUCAUGAGCCCCUCCAACCUCAGCUCCCUGGGCUGGAAGCCACCAGAGACUGCCAGUGCCAGCAAGGGCUCCGGCACCGACAGCUCUGAGUCCAAGAGCUCUGGCAGCAAAGCCAGUUCCCAGGGGUCCCUGGCUGAGAGCCGGGAGUGCCAGCGCCAGCAGGAGAAGGGCCCCCACGGCAGGAGGAGGGGUCCCCGGGGGGAUCACACCAACCCAGCUCCCUCCAGGCACAUGGACAAUGUCAGCAGCCUGGAGCUGGGCGUGGCCCCCCAGACCAGGCCGGGCGGCGAGGAGCAGAGGAGGCCUGGGGAAGGCAGGCCGGGCCAUGGGGAGGAGACCGAGGGCCACGAGCAGCCUCCUGCCCCCAGGAAGGUGGAGAAGGAGCGGGCCAGCCCCCACAAGGAGCAGCCAGAAGGGACAACACAACAAGACGGGGCCCACUGCAAGGAGCUGCAGCCGCAGGCAGCCGAUAUGGAGCCAGCUAAGUUGCCCAGAGACCGAGGCGUGGAGCCGGCGGAAGGAGCAGGUGCAGGGGUCAAGUCUGGCCCUGCUGGGCAGCAGGAUCUGCAGCAGACCUGGGAAGAGCUGGAGUUGCUGAAGGAGAAGUUCAGCAGGCUGCAGGAGGACUAUUCCAACACCCAACGCACCAACCAGCUGCUGGAGGAGAAACUUCACCUCAUUGCUCAGAGCAUGGCAACUGAGAAACAAACCCUGAACCAGCGCAUUACUGAGCUGCUCGAGAGGCUUAUUAGUGCCCAGAACACCAUCUGCACGCUGGAGAGACUCAACAUCUCGACGCUGCUGUCAGAAUCAGCAGGGAAGCACCAUCACAUGGAGAAGGCCAAUUCCGCCGACAGCCUCUACUCCCUGCACAUCUCCGACGUGGCGCCCCCUCCCGCCUUCAUGGACAGUGCCUCCGACGCCCACACCACCACCCCCAGCCAGUCUGACUCGGCCACAGAGGCCAACAAGCCAGGCUGCAGCUCUGAGUCAGACACAGCCAUGCCCAACGGAGACAGGACUCCGGUGCCCAACUACCACAGCCUCCCAGCCCCAGGGCAGCUGGAAAGCCACGGGAGAACCACGGCCUUCACGCCGUGGAAGCAGCAGCGCCCUGGGGAGCUGCUGGAGCACGUCAACUCGACAGAAAGUGAGUGCAGUGCGGAGGAAGGGGCCCAGGUCCAUGCCCUCCCCAUGCCACACUUCCUCUACCUGAGGCAGGAGGCGCUGGUGGCUCCCUCAGUGCCCACCCUGCCGCCCACUGAUGCCCUGCGCCCUCCGUCCCCGCAGGGCCUGCUGCUUGGUGGGCGGCUGGAGCUAGUGCCGGUGCCAGAGCUCAGCAGCACCGACAGCUCCGAUGGGGAUGAGGCCUGGAGCCAGGGCCUAGGGGAGAAGGAGCCAGGGGUGUCUCUGGAUUACCAGUCAGCUCAGAAGAUCCUGGACAGCCUGCUGAGGCAGCACCAACACCUGGAGGAGCCGGCGAAGGCGAGUGGAGGGGGCUAUCAGGACAGGAGCGAGAUGGGCCAGGCCAAAGGGCACCAGCGCCGGAUCCGCUACUACUGGGACUUCCAGAGCCCGGGCAAGGAGCAGCCCCUGCUGCACCAGCCCCAGCAUGGAGGGGGGUCCCUUCUCCGGGCCAAGGGCGAGAUGGUGUUGCAAAGGGAGCAGGAGUGUGGGGAUGGGGUGAUGGACUCCACGCUGCUGUAAGGGGGCCCAUAGGCAGAUGAGACCCCUGCCCCACAGCCACUUCACUGUCUACCCCCUGCUGCCCCCUACCACUUCACUGUCUACCCCUCACCACAGCAAGGAGCCCAGGGGAUCAGGGUGCCCCACUGAGCAUAGGGAACUGUAGUCUGGGUUUGCUACAGACUGCCUGGGGGACAGACAGAACCAGAGAGGGGUGAGGGGGACACGUUGACCAAGAGAGAUCUGUAGGGAGAGGACAGACAGACAGGCCAGAGAAAUGAGAGGAAACAGCUAGAGAUAGAGACCCAGAGGGAUGGGUUGGGGGAUGGACAGACAGAACCAGAAAUGGUGUGGGAAGGGGAUGGGAACAGACAGACAGACCCAAAUAGAAAGGAGUGGGACACAGAUAGAGGAAAGUAGGAGGGAUCCCACAGCUCCAUGUGGGGCCAGAAGCACCAAUCCUGGGCUGACCCCUAUGGCUCCACCCCACCCUGCUGCUCUCCCCACCAGCCCCACCUGUAUACAUUUGCAUUUACCUUGAUAACUGUGAUCUGAUCCGCCACCACCUCCCCAACCCCCUGUACACAGGCGCCUGGACUGAGCCACCAGCAUGAUCCGACCCCUUUUAAUUAACAUUUCAGACACCGAUGUUAAAGGAAUAAACUCCUCAGGCCAACGGGUGUUUGAUUUCAGCCUGCGGAGCUGGGCCAGCACAUGCGGAAGAGUCACCCGGCGCUGAGAUGAAGCUGUCUCCGGGGUGGGACACGGGGCUAUUUAUAGAGAGAUUCCCUCAACUAGGGCUGAGAUGCAGGUUCUAUCCCCAGCUCUGGGAGGGGUGUGGAGUCUAGUGGGUUGGGGGGAGGCUGGGAGCCAGGAAGCCUGGGUUCCACUUGUCCAUCUGAAAGAGGAGCUCUAUCUAUCUGCCAGUCUCCCUUCUCUAACCAUCCAAUGUCUCCCUUCCCAGAGCCAGGGAUAGAACUCAGGAGUCCAGCCCCAACUCCCUGCUCUAGCCAACAUGGUCCACUUCUUCCCCAGGGCCACAUUUAGGACCCAGAGUCCUGACUCCCAGCAUCCCCCCCCCGCAACCUGAACCCACAAGACCCCACACCCUUCUCAGAGCUGAAUCUAGAACCCAGGAGCCCUGUCUCCUCUUGGGAAGCUCUCACCCCACCCAUGCCCUUUCUAAUGAGGGUGGGGAAUGGAACCACCAACCACCCUUCCAUCUGUUUCCUGA